UAUGUUUAUAAUUAUGGUUUGUUGUUGUAAAUGUUGUUAAUCGAUUAUGACUGUUAUCGAUAUUCCUGUUCGAUUAGCGAUCGGCCUCUUGGCCGCUAGCGUUUUAUUAAACACACAUCUCGUUCCUUUACUCGCCUGGUAUUACCUGUUUUUAUUAAACUUUGUCGUGGUGGCAGCUCGUGGUUCGGACUGAGGGCCUGAUAUAGUUUUCUUACCACCCAGGCUACAGGUAAUCAAGCCUAUAUUCUGAGGGCCAGGCGUUCCGUUGUACUUACGGUGACUGGUUUAGGUCGGGUUUUGUCUCUCUUUGCAUAUUGAUGACUGUGUUGUAAUAAUGCCUGUGGCCAAGGGCACCGCUUCGCAAGAGGGCGAUGCGGUUAGUUUUGCCGGGGAGCCGCUCCCGUGCUCCCGUUCAUCAGUUUCUGACUCGAGAGUGCAGUCAGCCUCUAGUGUUGUUAAAACUGGUAAGAAAUCACCUCCUUACUUCUAUGCUAAUCUUGAUCAUGAUGAUGAAAGGAAAAUAAGAGUAGAAUUGAAGAGUGGGAGUGAAAUUAACAUGAUUGGUGAGAACAUAAUUGAUGAAUUAGGAUUGGAGAUUGCUAUUGGUGAACAAGCAAUGUAUGAUGUGUACGAGAUGGAUAGAGUUAAUAUCAAGUAUGAUGUUGUGGGUUAUUCAUACUUUAGUCUGGUCAGUAGUGGUGUCAAAAUGGAAUAUCUUGGAAUAGUUGUUGGUGAAGAUGUUGGUAUUGUGGCUGGGUCACCAUUCAUGGAGGACAAUGAUAUCAUGGUAAGACCUUCAAGGCAUCAGAUUAUUUUCAGUAACAAUGCAAUCUUUGAAUACGAUGAAAAUGAACAAUGUUCUGUGGUGCAUGAAUCUAGACUGGUACCCGUUACUAGGGUUACCGAGCAAAACCUUCCUGUUGAGAGUUUGGAUGCAUUGUAUGAUGAGCCCUGCUCAUCUGGUAGAAAGCCCAUCCUUAGUGAUUCUCCUGAGUCUGAAGAGGUUAAACCUUCUCAUAUCCAUUCUGGUUCCGCUGGCAAUUCGCGUUGCCAUGGCGAUAAUCAUCUCACUUCAGGGAAUAGUGUUGAGAGUAGUUCUAUUAGUUUUAGGGCUACUCAUACAGGUUCGUGUGACGAUUUGUCGGGGCAAAAUAACAUCUGCCCCACUCUCGGUAACAAUGAUGAAAGUGAUCCCCUCACAUCUGAUCCUUGCACAACUUCAUGCAACAAUACAGCGCUUGAAAACGUAAACAUCUCAGUCUCGGUUAACAAUUUGCGCAUGACGGAUUCACAUGAGUCAAAUGUAACACGCUCGAUCAUUCCACGUAACGACUCGCACGUUCUGUGUACCGAAAUGUGCUCGCCCGUCCCGCGUGACGAAAUGCGUUUGCUAGUUUCAUGUGAUAAUCUACAGAUCGAUGUCGGCAGUGUAAACGCUACCACACAGCAGCAACUAUCUCACACAGUGACACACACAACCUCAGGCAUCAAUCAAUCACAGGCUACCACUUCACUUACCACUAGUCACACAGAGCCCAAUAGCUACCCUGGGCUGGAGCACCAACACACUCUAACUCAGUCCCACUUACAUGCCAUCAACAUAGCAGAUAGUCACACAUCUGCCCAUCAUCAACUAGCUACCUUCAAUGUUUGUGACAAUGACAUAAACACUCACCAACCACCAUCAGAUAUAGAUGCCAAUACCAACUACCAAGAUGUCCCACCUCUCACAGAUGUAGAUGCUCAUACCAACUACCUAGAUGUCCCACCUUUCACAGAUGUAGAUGCUUAUACCAACUACCUAGAUGUCCCACCUCCCACAGAUGUAGUCGCCCUUCGCUACCAACCACCAGCAGAUGUAGAUGCCCCCACCAAUUACUUAGAUUUUUCAUUUUGCUCAGAUGUUGAUGCUUCACCGGACCCCCAGCCGCCUGUCGAUGGCAGCGUCCCAUCCAACAAGUUCCCAUCUACUAUAGAUGUCCCUAUCCCUUUGUUGACGAGAGCCCCUGAUACCCAUGACCCUUUCUGUCCAUAUGUAGUAUCCCCCAUAUCCCAUGCUACUCUCGGUAGGUCCAAUCUUAGUUAUCAUGUGAUAGUUUCCUACAGUACCAUUGCUAAUGACGUACUUGCCUUCCAGCCUCUGGGCCCCCGUGGUGCAGCAACGUAUCCAACUACCCUUGGACCCAACUUCCCAUCAUGGAGCGAUGCCUUUUGGAUCUGGUCUGGCUCUUUCAGUACAGCUGACAACCAUCCUCCAGAGUCGUGUACCCUGAACUCUAGCCCCCAUUCGUGGCCUCAUUCUCCCCUAAUGCAUGCCUUGCUGUCCCAUCUAUCUUUUAAACCCCCCUAAUGCCUCCUCAUCCAGUGGACUCUGUUUACAGUGUAUAAUCGCAUUUUCUUGUACUUGUUUUAUUUUCCCCUUGUUGAUUUUAUUACGCAUUACAGGAUUUUAAUUACAGUGCUGGAGAUUUCAUGAUUUAUUGAUAUUUGUAUUACAUGUAUUAUAGAGUGCCAUUUAUGAAGGUUUAUGACAGUUAUUUAUG